CUCCCCAGUACCUCAGCAUCAAGUCCCCAGCCCGCUGUUCCUCCGGGGGCCCCCCCUUACCCUCUAGAGGCACCAGGAAUUGUCGCAAGGGGCCCUCGGGAAAUUCCCUGGACCCCAGUGCCAGGAGGUGCCCGGUUCGCCCGCUCCCCAUCCACCCCCCCCGAGGGCGGUGCCCGGGGGCGCUGCCCCAUGGAGCGGGGAGGCGGGCGCCUUCUGCUGCGGGAGCCGUGACCUGAGUAGGAGCUGUGUGUCGCAGCCGCCCCACCCCUGCCGAUCAUGCGCCGGCGACCCUGGUUUACCAGUCCCACUGGGCUGUGAGCCCCCUACUCCCGGCCUGUCACGGCCCACGCGCCAUGGGCAGCGCCCACCCUCGCCCCUGGCUGCGGCUCCCACCCGGGCCCCAGCCGCGGCCUGAGCUCUGGGCGCUCCUGUUCUUCCUACUGCUGCUGGCUGCCGCUGUGCCCAGGUCAGCACCCAACGACAUCCUGGGCCUCCGCCUACCCCCAGAGCCUGUGCUCAACGCCAACACGGUGUGCCUGACAUUGCCUGGCCUGAGCCGGCGGCAGAUGGAGGUGUGCGUGCGUCACCCUGACGUGGCCGCCUCUGCUAUCCAGGGCAUCCAGAUCGCCAUCCACGAGUGCCAGCAUCAGUUCCGGGACCAGCGCUGGAACUGUUCCAGCCUGGAAACUCGGAACAAAGUUCCCUACGAGAGCCCCAUCUUCAGCAGAGGUUUUCGAGAGAGUGCCUUCGCCUACGCCAUAGCAGCUGCAGGGGUAGUACACGCAGUGUCCAACGCGUGCGCCCUGGGUAAACUGAAGGCUUGCGGUUGUGACGCCUCCAGGCGCGGGGACGAAGAGGCCUUCCGUCGGAAGCUGCACCGCCUGCAGCUGGACGCUUUGCAGCGCGGUAAGGGCCUGAGCCACGGGGUCCCAGAACACCCUGCCCUGCCUCCUGCCAGCCCAGGCCUGCAGGACUCCUGGGAGUGGGGUGGCUGCAGCCCGGAUGUGGGCUUCGGAGAACGCUUCUCCAAGGACUUUCUGGACUCCCGGGAGCCUCACAGAGACAUCCAUGCACGCAUGAGACUCCACAACAACCGUGUCGGCAGGCAGGCGGUGAUGGAGAACAUGCGGCGAAAGUGCAAGUGCCACGGCACCUCAGGCAGCUGCCAGCUCAAGACGUGCUGGCAGGUGACGCCAGAGUUCCGCGCGGUGGGGGCGCUGCUUCGCAACCGCUUCCACCGAGCCACGCUCAUCCGGCCACACAACCGCAACGGUGGCCAGCUAGAGCCAGGCACAGCGGGGGCACCCUCGCCAGCACCGGGCACUCAAGGGCUGCGCCGCAGGGCCAGCCACUCCGAUCUGGUGUACUUUGAGAAGUCGCCCGACUUCUGUGAGCGCGAGCCGCGCCUGGACUCGGCGGGCACUGUGGGCCGCCUGUGCAAUAAGAGCAGCACGGGCCCCGACGGCUGCGGCAGCAUGUGCUGUGGCCGCGGUCACAACAUCCUGCGCCAGACGCGCAGCGAGCGCUGCCACUGCCGUUUCCACUGGUGCUGCUUCGUGGUCUGCGAAGAAUGCCGCAUCACCGAGUGGGUCAGUGUCUGCAAGUGAGGGGGCUCAAGUUCCCCUGGGUCUCAAGAAAGACUCUCCACCUGGUGCCUGGCUUCUGCCGCCAACGAUCUGCCUUG